AACCGCAGUUGUCCCUAGUCCGGAACCAUGUCGAAGAAGUACACGAAUCCGGUGUCCAAGCACUUCAUCUACAGCGAGCGGACGCGGAAAAGCACCUGCAAGAGGUGCCACUUCGACAUGGCGGGUCGCCACUCCGAGAAUCUGAUGCGGCACCUGAAACGCAAGCACGAGGAUGCCUACGACAGUGUGCUCGACGAGAAACGAGCAAUCCGGGCAGCCCUCGCCCAGCAGCAGGCCAACAAAGACGCAUCCAUCCCCGCGAAGAGAGUACUGGCCUCCAAGUGUCCAUAUCCAGCGACACGAAAGAAGACUUGCAUUUCCAAGGAUGAUGCAUCCCAGCACAAUGCCAUGGAAACCAAGGCGUUGGUGGACGAUGAGGAGACUGGCAACGGGAGCGGAAACGGAAACAACAAGAGCAACGCCGCAGACAGUCAGUUUGAGAACGUUUUCAUUGGCAAAUCGGAGAUACCCGAUGAGGAGUACCAGUGGACAAACUCCGCGGACCUGGCACUGGAGGCAGUCAACGUAACUGUGGCUAAGACCACGAAUACUACUGCUACCACAGAAUCCAAUGCCAAGUCCACAGCUCGAGCGCCAGCUGUUGCUGCUCCGAGUUCUGCCGGGGACGAGGACUACUUCCUCCGCUAUCUCGGCAACAAAUUGAGCAAAUACUCCGCCCGCACGAGGAACACAGUCCAGUUUCACAUUAAUCGCAUCCUGUUCAAGGCGGACAUGGGUCGCUUUGAGGACACGGAUUCCCGGACUGGCGAUGUCGACUACGACUCCCCGUAG